AUCACAGCAGUGCCUACUAAAGAAUCAAAAGUGAGGGAUCGACUCACGCAGCUGCAAGACGCCGUGAACUCGCUUGCAGAUCAGUUUUGUAAUGCCAUUGGAGUGUUGCAACAAUGUGGUCCUCCUGCCUCUUUUAAUAAUAUUCAGACAGCAAUUAACAAAGACCAGCCAGCUAAUCCUACAGAAGAAUAUGCCCAGCUUUUUGCAGCACUGAUUGCACGAACAGCAAAAGAUAUUGAUGUUUUGAUAGAUUCAUUACCCAGUGAAGAAUCUACAGCUGCUUUACAGGCUGCUAGCUUAUAUAAGCUAGAAGAAGAAAAUCAUGAAGCUGCUACAUGUCUGGAGGAUGUUGUUUAUCGAGGGGACAUGCUUCUGGAAAAGAUACAAAGUGCACUCGCUGACAUUGCACAAUCACAACUGAAGACAAGAAGUGGUACCCAUAACCAGUCUCUUCCAGAGUCCUAGCACCAUGUGGCUAAGAAAAGAACUGUUAAAUGACACUAAAAAUUCUGUACCAGAUUUAGAUAUAAGCCUUUCCAAAAGUUACAGAAACUUUGACGUGUUACCUUUUUAGCUAUUUUUAACAGUCUUCUGUUUUUGCUCUUGGUAAAUACACUUAUAUGAUUAAACCAACUUUAAGCCAUUUUUUUUAUCUAAUGAAAUUAUUAAGGCAUAUUGAACUAAUGUUCAUAAUACAAUUAAACAUAUGUUAUAAUGUUCUA